GCCGCGGCGGCAACAACUGGGAGUCCAUGGCGUACAGUCAGGGAGGCAGCAAGAAGAAAGUCUGCUACUACUAUGAUGGUGAUAUUGGAAAUUAUUAUUAUGGAGAGGGUCAUCCUAUGAAACCUCAUAGGAUCCGCAUGACCCAUAACCUGCUAUUAAAUUAUGGCUUGUGUAGGAAAAUGGAAUUUUAUAGGCCCCACAAAGCUACAGCAGAAGAAAUGACCAAGUAUCACAGCGAUGAAUACAUACAAUUUCUGCGCUCAAUAAGACCAGAUAAUAUGUCUGAGUAUAGCAAGCAGAUGCAAAGAUUUAACGUUGGAGAAGAUUGUCCUGUGUUUGAUGGGCUUUUCGAGUUUUGCCAACUAUCAACUGGUGGCUCUGUUGCUGGGGCAGUAAAAUUAAACAGACAACAGACUGACGUGGCUGUUAACUGGGCUGGAGGUCUUCAUCAUGCAAAGAAAUCAGAAGCAUCAGGUUUCUGCUAUGUUAAUGAUAUUGUCCUUGCUAUCCUAGAAUUGCUGAAGUACCAUCAGAGAGUCCUGUACAUUGAUAUUGAUAUCCAUCAUGGUGAUGCUGUUGAGGAAGCAUUUUAUACAACAGACCGUGUAAUGACUGUAUCAUUCCACAAAUAUGGUGAAUACUUUCCUGGCACAGGAGACUUGGGGGACAUUGGUGCAGAAAAAGGCAAGUACUAUGCUGUCAACUUUCCAAUGAGAGAUGGUAUAGAUGAUGAGUCCUAUGGGCAGAUAUUUAAACCAAUAAUAUCAAAAGUGAUGGAGAUGUAUCAGCCUAAUGCAGUAGUGUUGCAGUGUGGUGCAGAUUCAUUAUCUGGUGAUAGACUUGGAUGUUUCAAUCUUACUGUCAAAGGUCAUGCUAAAUGUGUAGAAAUUGUAAAAACUUUCAAUUUGCCCCUUUUGAUGCUUGGAGGAGGUGGAUACACAAUCCGUAAUGUUGCCCGUUGUUGGACAUAUGAAACUGCUGUUGCCUUAGAUUGUGAAAUUCCAAAUGAGUUGCCAUACAACGAUUACUUUGAGUAUUUUGGACCAGAUUUUAAAUUGCACAUUAGUCCAUCAAAUAUGACAAAUCAGAAUACUCCAGAGUACAUGGAGAAAAUCAAACAAUGUUUAUUUGAAAACUUGCGCAUGUUACCUCAUGCGCCUGGUAUACAGAUGCAAGCCAUCCCUGAAGAUGCUGUUCAUGAAGACAGUGAGGAUGAAGAUGGAGAAGAUCCAGACAAACGAAUUUCUAUUCGAGCAUCUGACAAGCGGAUAGCUUGUGAUGAAGAAUUUUCAGAUUCUGAGGAUGAAGGGGAAGGAGGACGUAGAAAUGUGGCUGAUCAUAAGAAAGGAGCAAAGAAAGCAAGAAUAGAAGAAGAUAAAAAGGAAACAGAGUACAAGAAAGCAGAUGUUAAAGAAGAGGAGAAGUCCAAGGACAACAGUGGUGAAAAGACAGACACCAAAGGGUAACCCAGUACUAAUUGAAUCUCUUACAAGUUAAAUGUGGUUAAGUUUCAGUUAACCUAGCCAAAUUAAUAU